GCGGGCUGGGUCGGGCCAAGCGUCUGGAACUGGGCCUCCGCGGGGAGAGGCCAGCGAAGGCUGAGGGCUGCUUUCCUGCGCCGGAGGCCGGGUGAAGGACGACAGGGGGAAAUUGGUGCCUUACUGUGGCCAUGUCUGUGUUCACAGGGGGACGUGGCCCCGAGAACCUGCGCCGACAGGCCUGGCCCGGCCGGACACCCAUACCCCGCCGGGGGUCCGGCAGAAGGCAGUGACUGGCACCCUGUGUGCGUCCUGGGUCCCCCAAAGAAACAGAUAGCCCAAGAGAUGGCUGCUGAUAUGCACAGGAAGAAAAGUAGUGAAUGCCCUGAUGGCACAUUGGCUCCUUCUGAUGGACAGAGUGUGGAAAGAGCAGAGAGCCCCACACCAGGACUGGCCCAGGGGAUGGAGCCAGGUGCCGGGCAGGAGGGUGCCAUGUUCGUUCAUGCCCGAUCCUAUGAAGACCUGACUGAGUCAGAGGAUGGGGCAGCUUCUGGGGACAGUUCCAAGGAGGGGGCUGGGGGUCCUCCAUCACUGCCUACAGAUAUGCAUCAGAUCAGCCAGGACUUUAGUGAGCUAAGUACCCAGCUGACAGGUGUGGCCCGAGACCUACAGGAGGAAAUGCUGCCAGGAAGCUCUGAGGACUGGCUGGAACCCCCAGGGGCAGCUGGGCGACCAGACACAGAGCCCUCCAGGGAGGGCACAUCAGAGGGGGAUGAGGAAGACGCUACGGAGGCAUGGCGCCUGCACCAGAAGCAUGUCUUUGUGCUGAGUGAGGCAGGGAAGCCUGUGUACUCUCGCUAUGGCUCUGAGGAGGCACUUUCCAGCACUAUGGGUGUCAUGGUGGCCCUAGUGUCCUUCCUGGAGGCAGACAAGAAUGCCAUCCGCUCCAUCCAUGCAGAUGGCUACAAGGUGGUAUUUGUGCGCCGGAGUCCACUGGUGCUGGUAGCGGUGGCACGAACACGGCAGUCGGCACAGGAGCUGGCGCAGGAAUUGCUCUACAUCUAUUACCAAAUUCUGAGCCUUCUUACCGGUGCGCAGUUGAGCCACAUCUUCCAGCAGAAGCAGAACUAUGACCUGCGACGCCUGCUUUCAGGCUCUGAGCGCAUCACCGACAAUCUGCUGCAGCUAAUGGCUAGAGACCCCAGCUUCCUAAUGGGGGCGGCGCGGUGCCUGCCCUUGGCCGCCACAGUGCGAGAAGCGGUAAGUGCCAGCCUGCAGCAGGCUCGUGCUCGCAGCCUAGUCUUCUCUAUCCUGCUGGCCCGCAACCAGCUGGUGGCGCUCGUGCGUCGCAAGGACCAAUUCCUGCACCCCAUUGACUUGCACCUACUCUUCAACCUCAUAAGUUCCUCCUCAUCCUUCCGCGAGGGUGAGGCCUGGACUCCGGUAUGCCUGCCCAAAUUCAAUGCAGCUGGCUUCUUCCACGCACACAUCUCUUACCUAGAGCCUGACACCGACCUCUGCCUGCUACUUGUCUCCACUGACCGUGAGGACUUUUUUGCUGUCUCUGACUGCCGCCGCCGCUUCCAGGAGCGCCUUCGCAAACGCGGAGCUCACCUUGCCCUGCGGGAAGCACUGCGCACACCCUACUACAGCGUUGCCCAAGUGGGCAUCCCUGACCUGCGUCACUUCCUCUAUAAAUCAAAGAGCUCAGGACUCUUCACCAGUCCUGAGAUUGAGGCCCCAUACACCAGUGAAGAGGAACAGGAGCGGUUGCUGGGCCUCUACCAGUACCUGCACAGUCGUGCCCACAAUGCCUCCCGCCCACUCAAGACCAUCUACUACACAGGCCCCAACGAGAACCUCCUAGCCUGGGUGACAGGCGCCUUUGAGCUCUACAUGUGCUACAGCCCUCUGGGGACUAAGGCAUCAGCUGUCAGUGCCAUCCAUAAGCUGAUGCGCUGGAUCCGUAAAGAGGAAGACCGCCUCUUCAUCCUCACACCCCUCACCUACUGAUGGGAAUGUGUGCAGACUCAGCCCUUCCAGGCCCAUUGGGCAUGGAAAGCCCAUGGGAGCCUCCAGGUGGGGGUGACUUCUUCUGCCCAGCCAGCAGACAGGGACUAUGGGUUGGUGUGUGCAUUAAAGUACUUUGGGAAGAC